AUGUACAAGGAAAAUAUUCUUACUAGUAUGAGAAGAACACAGGAGACAACACCGCAGGACACUUCUGGCACCCUGUACGGCUGGUCAACAAGUGGAAGGCGCAGGAAGAAGGUGUGGAAGCCACCUCCAUUCACAGCUUUAAGGCCAGAUUCAACAAACAAUUUGAAUAUCGGAAUAGUUAUAACGCAACAGACAUUUACAAGCCAACAAAACCGAAAUGUUGACAGACAUUUACAAGAAUUAGGACCAUUAACAAGUACGAGCCAUUUACAGGAAGAAGCUCCCACGCUGGAGAACCAUUUACAGAUAAGGUAUCAGUCCAGAGGUAUCAGUCCAGAAGUAUCAGUCCAGAGGUAUCAGUCCAGAGGUAUCAGUCCAGAGGUAUUAGUCCAGAGGUAUCAGUCCAGAGGUAUCAGUCCAGAGGUAUUAGUCCAGAGGUAUCAGUCCAGAGGUAUUAGUCCAGAGGUAUUAGUCCAGAGGUAUCAGUCCAGAGGUAUCAGUCCAGAGGUAUCAGUCCAGAGGUAUCAGUCCAGAGGUAUCAGUCCAGAGGUAUCAGUCCAGAGGUAUCAGUCCAGAGGUAUCAGUCCAGAAGUAUCAGUCCAGAGGUAUCAGUCCAGAGGUAUUAGUCCAGAGGUAUUAGUCCAGAGGUAUCAGUCCAGAGGUAUCAGUCCAGAGGUAUCAGUCCAGAGGUAUCAGUCCAGAGGUAUCAGUCCAGAGGUAUUAGUCCAGAGGUAUUAG